AUGAAUUUGUUGAGGGCUGAAAACCAAGCCCGAGAAAAUGCCACGGGUUUUCUUACUCGGGAGUUUUUGCGGGCCAAACCGGAUAAGUUCUUUGGUGGCCACGAGCCCAAGAAAGUAGACGAGUGGUUCAAAAAAAUAGUGAAGACAUUUGAGAUGCUUCACAUCGAGGAUAGUGAACUAAGGGUGACUCUAGCGAGUUACUAUCUUAAAAGAGAUGUGGGUCAAUGGUGGAAGUACGCCAAGGGUUCAGUGGAGCCGAUAUGGGAAGCUUUUGUGAUUGUUUUCCAAGAUAAGUACUUACCUCCCACUGCUAGGGAGAGAUUGAGGCAAGAGUUUUUGGACCUCAAACAAAAUAACAUGUCUAUGGCUGAGUUUGAGGCGGCCUUUCUAAACUAUGCUCCUCUCGUGGAGGCGGUGGCACAUGUAGAGGUUACUAUGCAGGCUGAGAAGGAGAGACAUCGGGGUUCGAGGUCUAGGGGCCAGGAAUCCCAGGGGAACUACAGGCAGAAUAAGAAGAGAAGGGGCAAUUUACCACAAUCCCAACCACAGCAGUCUAGAUCCACCUUUCCCUUGCCUAGUACGGGCCCCGAAAAGAGUGCUCAGAGUGGUUUUUCUUGCUUUAAGUGUGGCCAACCAGGUCACAAAGUCUUUGCGUGCCCACAGAAGGGAGGAAAGCAGUUGAUGUUACCACCACCACCUAAUUGA